AUGCCUCCUAGAAAGGGUCGUAAAGCGCCGAGAAGGGAAGUGGCCAAAGCUGAUGAGAGUAGAACCCUCAGAGAAUGCUGGGCUAAGCUUGAUAUCGAUGAUGCAGAAACCAAAGACACCACGAUCCAAUUCCUUCAAAAGCUUUACGAUUCGACCAAACCAUGGAACUUCCAGCGCCUUGACGAUAGAAGAGGCAUCAAGGAAGUCAUGUCUGAGAACUUGGAUGAUAUGGUAUCCGAAGUUCAAGAUGCAGCACGGACAAAGGAAUCGCGUGCCGUACACCAGCUUUACAGAAUUAUUCAACUUAAACGUGGCGAUUGGGAAGGAAAAAUCUCUAAGAAGCGCACUCGGCCUGUUGUCAGCACUCGUCGUCAACGUCGUCGUCAACGGUCCCGAAGCCAACUUGAUCUAUCUCAAUCACCUCUGCCGACCCCUAGGUUGCCCUGGGAGCAACCGGGUUUUAAUGAUCUUCCUCCACGCCCGGUUCGAGAUGAAGAUGAGGACACGGAGGAUCUUAGCGACGGGCCCCCAAACCAGCAGUGGGAAGAAUUGGUGGAAGAAUCCGACAACCAGUCUGGUGACGGCUCUGAAGAUGAAUCUGAUGAUUCGGAGCUAAUGGAGGUGGAAGAGCAGCCGCAAUCCCGUGGUUCCACUGCAGGCAAAUCAGAUACAGGACCUGAAGAGCAAGAGCAAGAGUUGGAAUCUGAAUCUAGCCCUGGCUCUGGCUCCGUUAAUCGAUCUUAUCGUGCGAUGAGCUUCGCUGAAAUCACACCGCGUGACUAUUCUGUAACCACUAUCUCAUCAAGAUCAAGUGGGAGGUAUCCAUCUCUCCCUCGCCCUGCAUGCGAAGAUGAAUCCGAAGGCGAAUCCCAAGAUGAACCCGGAGAUGAACCAGGAGAUGGAUCUGGAGAUAAAAGCCAAAAUUCGGACUCAAUGGUGGUGGACGAAGAGCCUCAAUCCCGUGGUUCUACCCCAGAUGGAUCUGAUGAGGGGUCUGUAAACGGAUCGGACAAUGAAUCAGAGCAUUCAAUGAACCUAAAUGACAUCCCCAGACACCGCGGCCCUACUUCUGAAAUUUCCGACGAAUCAUCUGACAAUGGCUCUAACCACGGUUCCGCAGACGGGUCAGAUAAUGAAUCUAGCAGCAUAUCAGCAUCAAGUAAUGGAUCAGACAAUAAUGAGGAUUCCGAGAACGAAUCGAAAUCUGAAAACGGGUCUAAUGACGAAUCUGCAUCUGACGAUGAAUCUGACGACAGUUCCAAGGCCGAUUUCGAGGAUGUAUCUGACGACGAAUCUCGAGCUGAAUCUGAAGACGGGUCCGAAAGCGGUUCUAACGAGAAUAGAUCAAGUGAAGAACCCGGGAGUGAAGCUGGAGAGCACACCAAGCACGAACCCAAAGAGGAGUCCAGUGAUGCAUCUGAGACCGGAAGAUCCAGCGAGGAGCCUGAUGAACAGUCCGACGCUGGUUCUGGGACUGGGACCCAUAAUGAGAUGUCUGAUACCGAAACGCAGGAUAACCCAGAUGAACAAGACUCCGAAUCCACCGACGAAGAUCAAUCUGGAGACGAGUCAGAGCGGGAAUCUGGAGAUGAAGUGAAUGAUCAAUCUGAAAUUGAGACUACAAGUGCAUCUGUAGAUAAAAGGAAAGAUUCAUCUGGUGAUGAGCAGGGUGAAGCGUCUGACAACGAAGAGGUCUCCGGCGACGAACAGGAAGAGGCCUCUGGCGACGAUCGAGAAGAAGCCUCAGGCAGAGAAGAAAAAACCUCCGGUAACGAAGAAGCCUCAGGCAGAGAAGAAAAAACCUCCGGUAACGAAGAAGCCUCUAACGACGAGCAAGAGGAAUCCUUGGGCAGUGAAGAGGAGGCCUCCGAUGACGAUCAAGAAGAGGUGUCUGAAAAUGAAGCAGAAGACACGCAUGAGGACCAAGUUGGGACCGAUGCCGAAGACAGACCUGAUCAAGAGAUGAUGAAUGUAUCUGGAGAUGAAUCCGAGAACUGUUCCGAGGACCAUGACGAAGAUAUGAGAGAUACAUCUGCCGAGCCAGUUCAGAUCGAUCUCGUCAGCAGUGAGGAGGACAAAGAAAUGAGAGAUGUGUUCGAGGACGAGGAUGAGGACGCAUCUGGAGAUGAAGGUAGGACCCAAGCCGAAGAUAGCUCUGACGAGGAGUUAGAAAACGCGCCCACCAAUGACUCCGAAGACGAAGCAGAGAAUGAUCCUCAAGAACAGUCUGACGACGAGCCAGAAGAGACUUCUGAGCAUGAUCAAGAAGAAUCAUCUGGCGGCGAACAGGAAGAGGCCUCUAGUGACGAAGAGGAUACGUCUGGCGAUGAGCAAGAAGAAGGAUCCGAAGACAAUGAAGAAGAGGCCUCCAGCGAUGAAGAGGAUGAUUCUGCCGAUGAGCAAAAAGGAGGAUCUGAUGAUAAUCAAGAAGAAGCAUCCGGAGACGGAACCGAGAAGGACCCCGAACACGGCUCCGAGGAUGUUGCUGGCGAUGAGUCUCCUGAUCACGAGGUUAUCUCUAUAACUAGUGAUGACGGACAAGAAGAUUCGCCUGAGUCAGAAGCAUUUGACUCGAGCAGAAUCUCAGUGGUCCCUAACGCAAAUGUUGACAUCAUUCGUGCUGAUGAUCCACACCGACCAAUCUCGAUCAGGCUCAAUGAUCUCUUGAAAGACCGGACCGAUCCUCGAUACCAGAGUGCAGAUGGAGAUUGGGUUGAUACAUCCCAGCUCCAUAUCAAGAUCUUCCAAAAGCAUCUGAUGAACGAAGGCCUCUUCAGGCUGGGUGCGGACCAGAUUUGGUGGAAUCCUUCUGCUCUAAAAGACAUCGACAUCUCGAAAAUCAACACUCCGCAAGGUGACGAAAGUAGGCUCACCGGGUUGACCAUGAUCACUACCAUUAAGCUUUCUAUUAAACCUUACUAUCCUGGUCUCGGAAUUACCCUGGGCAAUAAGGCGCUCUUUGAAAUACCUCGGCCUACCUUUACCGUCAUCAUACGGGAUGUCAGUACGACAGGUGGUAUCUUAGAUCGUUCUCGAGAGCCAAGUCUAUCACGCCCUGAUCCGUCUAGGUCGUAUCGUUACAAUCCCUCGCUCAUUCACUGUUCAUCGAGCAAUGGACCAAACACCUUUGCUGCAAUUUUCGAAGCCUCGAAGAAAUUUGCGUACACAUCUGAACAUGGAUCAGUAGGUUCAGAUGUUGAGGUGGUGUCUCGAAUUUCUAGUCCCAAAAGAAAGAGCUCGGACUCAGAGGUUUGCUCAUCAGAUCGACCCAUCCAGAGGAAAAGGGUAUCAUCCGACAAAUUGUCUCUGCAGAACCUCGAGUCUUUGCAAUUCCAUGAUGCGAUAAAAGCCCAAGGCACGUCGAAGUCUGGGAGCGAACGAUAUUCAGCCGCUUCAUCCACCCAAGUUGUAUCAAAACCACUCGAAGCCCCGGAUAUCCUGGCUGGGUUGGAGUUCCAUGAUGCAAUGAAGUUUGUAGCGAAACACCACGGCAUCGAAGAGUCACAGAGCGUGCGGGGGCCCAAUAGUGCAGGGUUCAAUGCAUUGUCUCAAGACCAAUACUUCGGCAAACAUCGAGAAAGUGCUAAACUAAGCCCAUCCACUAUUGAAGGUAUUUCAACCCCCGUACCCUUGGCUCAAGAACACCCCACACCAUCACUUCUGGGUGCAGAUUUAUGGACACAUCAUGUACCCAUAGAGCCACCCAAGCCACAUCUUUCAGCUGAACAAAAGUUUGAUAGAAUACUGACCACUGUGCUCGAUCCUCUCACCCACAGUUUACGCCAAUUAAGCAUUCAAUACAAGUCACUACCUCGUCUUCCCGUCCUCACAGAGAGUGAGUCGCCCUUCGAUAGGGAGAAUUGGCUCAAACUUGACCAUUGGGGUUUCACACAGCAUCGAACUCCUCCAAAGACAAAAAAGGAAGCAGAUCUGCAGGCAAAAACCGCCAUUGUUGAGCCAUCCUCCAUACGUUUAGGAGAGAUGAGCCUUGCCCACCCUAUUCCUAGGACUCGAAAUCCUUCUUUUACUACGAGCCCGGAAAUCUCUCCGCCAAAUCCUUCCCCUCCUAGUCCUAGAGGAAGUCCACCAGACAUCAACAAGACUAUGAUGGAUAUUUUGGAACGGCUAUCUAUCGAUAAUCAGGACUACAGGAUCUCUUCUCGACGAUCAUCCACUGGUUGGCUAUUUGAUUUCAAACAACUUCAUCCUAGAAAGGCAUAUCGGCAAAGAGUAUUUCCUGUUUUCCAGCUCAUUGGCUUCAAGCUCGCUGGUCUCAAGCUCACAGUUCUCGAGCUCGACUUCUAG